AUGAAGGUGGUUAGGGAAGGGAAAGGAGAUGGAAUUGAAACAGGAGAAGAAGAGGAAGAGGAAGAAGAGGGAAACGAGGAGGAAGAGGAAGAGGGAGGGGAAAACGAGCAGGAAGAAGAGCAGGAGGAGGAAGAUGAGGAAGAGGAGGAUGAAGAGGAAGAAGAAGAAGGAUCUGAACCUGCUAUAAAGAUAUCUUCCGAUGAAGAAGAAAUCAAAGAAAUCGAUCCAAAAGAAUGGAAAACCCCACAUCCGAAAACAUUAGAUCAACUUUGGUCAUUUGGAAGGAAAUCUAAAAAGAAAAUGGGACGAAAGUUGAAUGAAAAUGAAGUUGAAAAAUCAUUAAAGUACAAGAAACAAAAGGUUGUAUUAAAGAAUGAUGAGGAUGAGGAUGAGGAUGAGAUUGAAGUGAUUAGUGGGUGUAGAGAGAAUGAGAAGGGGUUGGUUAGGGUAGGUAAUGGUGGUGAACCUAGAAGAAGAAUUUCACGUGUAUCACAACAACAACAAGGAGAAGAAGAUAAAAAGAAGAAGAGUUUCAAGAUUAAACAAGAAAAGAAGAGUUUAAAGAUUGAACAAGAAAAGAAGAAUGGACCUGGAAAAGGAUGUAGGAUGAUUGAAAAAGAAGGCACGAUCGAAAGGAGGAUCGAAGGUGUGUUGAAUAGUAAGAAGAGAAGAAGGAAAGUGAUUUUGGAAAGUGAUGAUGAUGAUGAAGUUCAAGAGAUCGUAAAGCUUGGAAAGGUUAAAGAACUUGAUUCUGAAUCAGUUGAUUUAGAUGAAGAUUUAUGGUCGAUUAGAAAAUCAGCAAAGAAGAACCGAAACUCCUCGAACUCUCAAUCAAACUCUCAAUCAAACUCAAACUCUCAAUCAAACUCAAAUUCUCAAUCAAACUCAAAUUCUCAAUCAAACUCAAAAGAAAAAGAAGAGCAAAAAGCAAAAGAACAAGAAAAAUCAAAAAGAAUGAAUUCAAUCCAAAAAGAAAAAAGAGUCAAAGAAAUCCAAAAAGAAAAACCCAAGAAACCAAAAGAAAUCGAAAGUUUAGAAAGCUUACUAAGAUCAUGUCAUUAUAACUUACCAAACCUAACGAACGAUUUCCAAAUCUUAGGGAUCAAUACGUCUAAAGAAUUGAUCAAUUUGAAUUAUAUUGGAUUCUCACAAAUCAUGAAAUUGGUUUUAAAUCGUCAAACUACGGGACAAAAUUAUGCACAGAAUGGUUGGAUGAAAGAAGUUUUGUGGAACAGGAUGAGGAAUAGAGUAAAGAAUGGGAAGAAGGAUAGGAUUUGGGCUGGGUGUUGGUGUUGGCCUAGGACUGGGAAUGAAGACGUUCUUGAGGAUGGUAGGUGUAGAGAAUGUAAGUUUUGGAAAAAGUUGGAUUGA